AAAAACAAAACUUUGACAUUUUGUGACGUUUAAAUACCGCAAACCGAAAAUUAAAUCAAAUUAAAAAUUUUCCCAAUUUCUUGUUGACAAGAAAUUUAUGUUUUGAUUCGUUCCGGAGUGGCUAUCAUUCCGUUUAUGUGAACUGUGAAUCGUAACGAUGGAAUCCGAAAACCAACAACAAAGUCAACCAGAGACUCCGGACGAACUGAAGGAAAAAGGAAAUCAGGCGGUGCGCCAGGAACGUUACAGUGAAGCGGUGCUACACUACUCGUUCGCCAUCAAAUUGAGUCCGAACGAUCCGAUUCUGUACAGUAAUCGGUCAUUUGCAUUCCUAAAAUUGAAGCAACUUUACUAUGCCAACGAGGACGCAGAAAGGGCUAUCCAGUUGAAACCGGAUUGGGCUAAGGCACAUUUCCGGAAGGCUGAAGUGCAUCUGGCUGCUGCACAGUAUGAUGUGUCGUUAUUAUCGUACGGCCGGGCCUUACAAUUGCAACCAAACGAAAGCAUAUUGAAUGCAGCCAAACAUUGUGCCUCUCUAAGCACGAAACAGGCAUAUUACGAAAGUCGUGUACCCUGGGCUGGGGCUGGAAUCGGAAUCGUACUUGGUGUGAUAAUUGUAGUGUCUGAUCAAUUGACCAAAUCUCCCGCACUUAAACAUCCAAUUUUAAUGCUUCUGUUGAUAAUGGCCCUGGCUGGUGUUUGUUACGGCAUAGCUAGACUAUUUCGAUACUAUUCGAAGCUACAGAAUCGCGGUCUGCUCGAUCCGCCGAUAGAUAUUCUAGAAUCAUUUAAGAAGACGUCUGAAGACAUUGAAGGAAAUAAUGUCGAUUCGACACCGAUACGAAACAGAUACUCAAAAGCGCAAGCAAGGCAACGAUUUCGCAAGGGGUUGUCUAAGUAAAUUUAUUGCUAAAAAGGCGACAAUUUAUCAUAGAUUGAUAAUGAUGCGCCACUUCCAUCUGAACAUUUUAAUGGAAGUUGUUUAUUCCGUAUAAUCGUAGGUGGAGAAAUGAAUGUGUGUGUAGCUUUUGCUAAAGGGAAAUAAAAAAUAAAUCUGAAACGAAAA